AUGGGUACUCAAAUGGCAAGGUCUGCAGAACAGAGUAGUCUUCGCCACUGUCAUCACCGACCUCAACACUUGCCACCCUACAUGUUCCAUGCUGAUGUAAAUAGAUGUUACUGCCCAUCAGAGGAAGUAGCCAAGAGGGCAGAACUGGAUGACCUAAAAAGUUCUCAGAUCCGUGUGUUCGGUCUUCCCAUUCGACCAUCAUUCUGCCGUGCUGUUCUUGUUAAGGAUGAUUUGCGGAAGGAACUUGAAUUGGAUCCUGACCUACCGGCAGUGUUGCUGAUGGGAGGUGGAGAGGGCAUGGGUCCUGUAAAGAAGACCGCAAAAGCCCUUGGAGAUGCAUUGUUUGACAAAGAGCUCGGAAAACCAAUCGGGCAGCUUGUUGUCAUUUGUGGUCGGAACAAAACACUGAGCUCCUCAUUGCAGGCUCUUGAAUGGAAAAUGCCAAUAAAGAUUAGAGGAUUCGAGACCCAAAUGGAGAAAUGGAUGGGGGCUUGUGAUUGCAUUAUAACAAAGGCUGGACCAGGCACCAUUGCUGAAGCCUUGAUUAGGGGUCUUCCUAUCAUCCUUAAUGACUUCAUACCUGGACAGGAAGUCGGCAACGUCCCUUAUGUCGUGGACAACGGCGCAGGCGUGUUCUCCAAGAGCCCCAAGGAAACUGCCGAACUUGUGGCCCGCUGGUUCGGUCCAGGCGCGGAGGAACGCAAGAGGAUGUCGGAGAACGCGUUGAAAUUGGCCCAGCCGGAAGCCGUGUUCGACAUUGUGAGGGACAUCCACGAGCUCUCCCAGGAGCAAGGGGUGAAGGCGCAGAUCUCCAGCUCCCUGACAUCGUCCUUCUUCAUGCCAUCUCCUGAAGCCAGCCAUUGCCCAAGCCCCAUCCCGCUCGUGUGA